UCAGUCGAUCUUCUUUGUCUCUUAGCUAGUACGCACUCCUUGUCGCUUGGCCCCAGCUCUCUCGCUCUCGCUUUCUUCGCUUCUUCUCUUUGAGUUUGAGCCGCACCAAACCACUGCCGUGGAGCCCCACCGGUAGGUCGCGACCAUAAAGUACAACCCAUAAUUCACCGACUCUUCCCAUUUAAAAAGCAACACCACCACACCCCAGGAGGGGACUUGACUCAAUCUCAAUCGCAGAUCUGCAGCUAUGGGUAUUGUGAAGUUCCUGCGCUCCAAGCUGCUGAACAGGCGCCGCGGCGGCUCCCAGAGAGCCGCUGCCGUCCAUGUCGACGGCGGGGAAAGCUGCUCGGGACGGUGUGGGGAUGUGGCAGAGGUGGCGGGGGCGGCGGUGAAGAGAUUGGGUUGGGGAGAGAUCGAGAUGAUCACGGCGUGCUUCGCGGAGGUGGCUGGAGAAGGCGGGUUCAGCACCGUGUACAUGGGGCGUUUCCCCGGCUGCGGAGGAGGCUCCGCCGCCGCCGCAGCGGCCGUCAAAGUCCACUGUGGCGGGGGAGAGCGGCUCAGCCUGGCGUUCAAGCAGGAGCUGGACGUGCUGCUCCGGCUAAAACACGAGAACAUCGUCAGGCUCCUGGGCUAUUGCGAUGAUGCAGAUCAAGGUGCACUUAUAUUCGAGUACGUCUCCGGCGGAACACUCCACGAGCACCUCCACGGCCGCGGCAGCAGCAAUAAGAGCUCGGCUCUCCCGUGGAAGAGCCGCGUGAAGAUCGCCUUCCAGCUCGCGCACGCCAUCGAAUAUCUCCACGACAGGUGCACCCUCCACGUCAUCCACGGCGACAUCAAAUCCUCCAACGUUUUACUAGACGGCGACUCCGAUUGCAAGCUCUGCGACUUUGGAUCCGCGAAGAUGGGCUUCUCAUCUAUGGUACCACCGCCCUCGUCGUCGCCUUCGUCUCCUUAUGUUAGGAGGAAGAAUAUCAUCAUGGGUUCUCUGGGCUACACCGAUCCGUUAUACUUGAGGACCGGGAUUGCCUCGAAGAAGAACGACAUCUACAGCUUCGGCAUCGUGGUCCUCGAGCUCGUGACGGGCUUGGAGGCGUUUCGUUCGGACAAGGGACAGGUCUUGGCCUCAAUGGCGGCUCAUAUGACUAAGAACGUUGAUCGUAUGGACGCCGGUGAGGUGAUGAACAUGGUGGAUCCGAAAUUGAGAGGCGAUUUCGACGCGGAAGAGGCGAGGGCCUUGAUUAAAGUAGCGAGAUCGUGCCUCGACGAGUCGACCCUGGUUAGGCCGACGGCGAGCCGCGUGGUGAAGAUGAUGAAAUAGAAGGUCUCUUCAAUUUCGUUCACGAACUCGAACUCGAAGGACAAGCUUUGUAACUAUCUGUAGCAAAA